CAAUCAUUGCUGGCGUUCUUUUACGCUCAAGUGUACCACACCAUCUGUUGAAGAGAUACCUUCAAAUUGCAGUAACCUAAUUUUGACAUCAUGCUUACAUGAAAACAAAAACAGUUUUUGUUUCACCAAGAAUUGUGGUUAUUUAGAGUGUUGAAGGACAUAUCCUGACAUCUCUGUUGCAGAAAAGAACACUAUUAUUCACUUUAACAGCAACGUGUUUGCCAGUUGUUAACAAAUGGUCCCAUCCUACCUGGUAAAAAAUGCUGUGGUAAACAUUAACCUUGAACUACUGUUUCACUGGGCGUGAGUUGGGGGGGAAAGAUAAGGCAGAAGAAGCAGCAAGGAGCAGUUAGUAGGACAGAAUGUGGUCACCGACUGGGGCCGACGCUGUCGACAUCCCAGGGGCGGAGGACCCGGCAACCGGAAACAGGAUAGAAAAGAGGUCGUCGACUGGGGCCGACGCUGUCGACAUCCCAGGGGCGGAGGACCCGGCAACCGGAAACAGGAUAGAAAAGAGGUCGUCGACUGGGGCCGACGCUGUCGACAUCCCAGGGGCGGAGGACCCGGCAACCGGAAACAGGAUAGAAAAGAGGUCACCGACUGGGGCCGACGCUGUCGACAUCCCAGGGGUGGAGGACCCGGCAACCGGAAACGGGAUAGAAAAGAGGUCGUCGACUGGGGCCGACGCUGUCGACAUCCCAGGGGCGGAGGACCCGGCAAACUGAAAACACAUAUGUUAGACUUGAAAAGCCACCCCUCGGGAGGAGAUGAGAGAGGUACCCAGCAUUUGAGGCUUAUGUAAGGGGCGCUCGUAAAACCCCUGAUUGGCCGAGACAUCACGCUGCCUGGGACCUGAAAAUAAGGACAGAGCAUUGAGGUUAAUAUAGGACUCGGCACGAGUGACCACGUCCUGAAGAGAGGCAGAAUAGAAGAGAGCCUCGAGUGAGAUGAGCGCAGGAGCUGCGACAGGACAGAGUUUGGCCGGGGGUCCGCUCUGACUCACGCGGUGAGAACCCUUGAAGGUGGCAGCUGCGUUUCAGCAGGAUGACAGUCUGAGAGGCUGGUUGAUGGGGGACAACAGAUAUCCACUGAAGCGGUGGCUACUGACACCACUGCUCAACGCCACGACCCCUGCCGAACAGAGAUAUAACCGUACCU